UCUUGGUUGAUUGCCAUAUGAAAUAACCCAGAAGAAGAACAGCUUCCAUUUCUCUUGCUAUUUGUUGGGUUGUAUAAAUUUUCACAAACAACAAAAUAGAAAAUGCAGCUUCAUAUAUCACCAAGUUUGAGGCAUGUAACAUUGCUUCCAGGAAAAGGAGUUAGAGAAUUCAUCAAAGUGAAGGUUGGGGGUAGACGGUUUUCGUAUCGAAUGCUCUUCUAUUCCCUUUUGUUCUUCACAUUCCUAGCCCGGUUUGUGUUCCUUCUAUCUACUGUCGAUGGCAUCGAUGGAGAAAGCAAGUGUUCUACAAUUGGUUGCUUGGGGAAGAGGCUCGGGCCGGGGAUUUUCGGAAGAAGGAUUGACUCAGCUGUCCCUGAAGUCAUAUACCAAGUGUUGGAAGAACCCAUUAACAAAGAUGAAUUAAAAGGAAGAUCUGAUAUUCCUCAAUCAAUGGAGGAAUUCAUCAGUGAAGUCAAGAACAGCAGAUUAGAUGCAAGAACCUUUGCACUAAAGCUUAGGGAAAUGGUCUGUCUAAUGGAACAAAGGACUAGAACAGCCAAAAUACAAGAAUAUCUGUAUCGUCACGUCGCGUCAAGUACUAUACCAAAACAGCUUCACUGCCUAGCUCUAAGACUAGCAAAUGAGCACUCCACCAAUGCAGCAGCUCGCCUCCAGCUCCCGUCAGCAGAACUAGUUCCUACACUUGUAGACAACUCCUACUUCCACUUUGUGCUGGCCUCAGACAAUGUGCUUGCAGCAUCUGUUGUUGCCAAAUCAGUCGUUGAAAACGCGUUGCGCCCCAACAAAUUCGUGCUGCACAUAAUAACAGAUAGGAAGACUUACUACCCAAUGCAGGCAUGGUUCUCACUGCAUCAAUUAUCGCCUGCAAUAAUUGAGGUCAAGGCAUUGCAACAUUUUGAGUGGUUUUCGAGGGGGAAAGUACCGGUUUUGGAAGCAAUGGAGAAAGAUCAGCAGGUUCGGUCACAGUUUAGAGGGGGAUCAUCAGCAAUUGUGGCAAAUAAUAGUGAGAAACCUCAUGUUAUUGCAGCAAAGCUUCAAGCUUUAAGUCCUAAGUACAAUUCAGUGAUGAAUCAUAUCCGGAUAUAUCUACCGGAGUUGUUCCCAAGUCUUGACAAGGUAGUGUUUCUGGAUGAUGACAUUGUGGUUCAAACUGAUUUAUCGCCUCUUUGGGACAUCGAAAUGAAGGGGAAGGUUAACGGGGCAGUGGAGACAUGUAAAGGAGAAGAUAAGUUUGUAAUGUCGAAACGAUUCAAGAGCUACUUGAACUUCUCACAUCCUCUCAUAGCACAGAAUUUUUAUCCAAAUGAAUGUGCUUGGGCUUAUGGCAUGAACAUUUUCGACUUGGAGGCUUGGAGGAAGACCAACAUUAGCCUUACAUACCAUUACUGGGUUGAAGAGAACUUGAAAUCCGACCUGAGUUUGUGGCAGCUGGGGACAUUACCCCCAGGUCUAAUAGCAUUCCAUGGACAUGUCGAGUUUAUCGAUGGGUUCUGGCACAUGUUGGGGCUAGGGUACCAAGAGAAUACUAGCUAUGCAGAUGCUCAAAGUGCUGGUGUUGUUCAUUUUAAUGGGAGAGCAAAGCCUUGGCUUGAUAUAGCAUUCCCGAAGCUAAGACCUUUGUGGGCUAAGUAUGUAGAUUUUUCAGAUAAGUUCAUCAAAGGCUGUCACAUAAGGCCAUCUUAAACUUGG